AUAAAUGAUAUUUAUUGUAAUUGUUAUUGAGUCAAGAAACUUAUCAAGUGACUUUAACAAGAGGUCACAUAUGCAUCAAGUUUAAUCAACAGUCUUGUAGACUUUUCAGCGCAGUUUAAUUAUUGCAAUCACUUUGAAUCAUUCUACAGUAAAAAAAUUAAUAUUAAUUUAAAAUACCAAUUUAAUUACAAUGUUUAUUGUAAUAAGUAUUUUUUUAUUGGGAUUUUUGGUUGAGUUACAAGGACAAAAUUUAACAAGUGAUAUGUCUUUUAUUGAAAAAAAUGAACGAGUUGACAGGAUGAUGGAGAGUAAGGAUAAACCACAAGAUAAUUUAACAUCAAAAAAGACAAAAAUGUUUGGUAAAAAAAGCUACAUAAGAGCUGGAGGAAAUACUAAUGGAACUGUGAAAAAAUGGAAAAGAGAAAUAUCUGAUUUUCAUUCGAAAAAACAAGAAUAUGAUAGGGCUAUUAAUCAAACAAUUGAUGAUUAUUAUUCACAAAGAAAAGUUGCAAUGGAUAAAUAUUAUGCUAGACAAAAAGAAAUAUUUGAAAAAUUCAAGGCAAAGAAUCAAGAUGAUGUUACUGGUGUUACAACAAUUAAAACAACAACAACAAAUGAUGAAAUACAGACAACAAAACAGCCAAUUGAUUCAUCAAUAGCACCAGAAAAUAGUGUGCUGGGUUAUCAUCGUGUUGGUGAAAGAACACAUAAAGAAAAUGAGAGAUUAUUGUAUCAGCAUAAUCUUGGUAUUGGUUUAAAGGGUAAAUCUGAAAUUGAUGCUGCAUUUGAAGUUAUAUUGGAUAAACAAGUAUCAAUAACUUGUGUUGAAUUAAUUCCUUACAAUACAAAUUCAACUACGACAAUGAAAAUUUUAAAAGGUGGUGUUAAAUAUCAUUUUAUUAAAAUUAAAUUACAACCUGAAGAAAAUCAUGGGCUUUCUUAUGUUAUUAAAGUAUGGGGAAAUGAUAAAUAAAUUAAUUUUUUUAUAUUUUUUGAGAUAUUAAAAUGA